AAAAAUGAAAUGAAACGGGUAAGACGAGAAGAGGAAAGGAAGAAGAGGAAAGAAAGAAAGAAGAGGACAGAGAUAGAGCAAGAAAGUUGCUCUCUUGUGUAGGGGAGUCACCGAAUAUAAAUACGAAACUCGGGUCGAAAAGUCAGUAGUCAGGAGGUUCGCGGGCAUGGUAUUGAAGUCAUACAUCAGUUUCCUUUAUAUGUAUAUAUAUAUAUAUAUACACAUAUAUAUGUAUGUACGUGCAUACGUGCACAAAUCGUAAACGCGCUUCUAUACCGCAUAAUUUUCUUCAUUUUUCAUUUGGAAAAAGUGUUCGGAGCGACGAGUUUCGCGUUAAAGAUGGAGAAGGUCGACGAGUAUUUGAAUGCAAGCAAAUUACAAUAUCACGAUACCUCUGAAAUCAUAGAGGAAUUUGACAAAGAAUUAGGAGAGAUGCAUGGACGAUGCAUCGAUCUUGGUUGCGGUCCAGGACAAGUUACAGUCGAACUGAUCUUACCAAGAUUGCCACGGGAUUCCGUGAUAAUCGGAGCGGAUAUAUCAAACGCCAUGUUGGAACACGCAACAAACAAUUAUCGCGAUAAUCCACGGCUAUCUUUUCUUCAUCUGGACAUCGAAACUUCAAAUUUACCCCAGGAACAAAUAGCACGAUACGACAAUGCUGUCUCCAUGUAUUGUCUUCAUUGGUGUCACAAUACGCGGCUGGCCUUCGAGAAUAUCUUCAAAUUACUUCGGCCUGGUGGCAAAGCAUUGAUUAUGUUCCUCGCAUACAACGAUGGCUUCGAUGCCUACGUCAGAAUACACGAGAAUCCACGUUAUCAACCGUACAUGCAGGAUGCUCAUAAAUUCGUCCCAUACUUUCAUCGUAGCAACGAUUCGAGAGGCGCUCUUAGAUCCAUCCUCGAGGAUAUCGGAUUCAAUGUUCUCCACUGCAGCAAAAGGGAAAAGAGCUUCGUCUAUCAGAACAUUCAAAGUUUAAAAAAACACGCGCUAGCUGUGAAUCCCUUCAUAUCGAGAAUACCAGAGGGUGAUUUAAAAGAAGAAUUUGAAGACAUUCUGAUCCGAGAAAUUAUCAGCCGAAAAAUUCUAUUUCCGAAUAAAGCUGACAAAUGUCAGAAAGAGUAUAGCGUGUUAGAUAGAUAUCAUAUUUUGGUGACGUAUAUGCAGAAACCUUAUACUACGAUAACUACGGAAUAAAUAAUAAAAGUAUCUAAUGUCGUUCGAUAAAAGAAAAUGGAAAGAAAAGAAGAAAAAAGAAAAUGGAAAAAAAAAGA